UUGCAAUGCAUUCACAUUUUUUUGGAAAUUCUUAAAUAUCUACGUGUAAAAACAAGUUCCACUGAUGAAUAUUUAGAGGCUUUAACCGGUUUUGUCGUGAUAGAAUUAGAUGUAGAAUAUCUCAUUGUUUUUGCCUUGUUCGUUGCCGCGGCGGUCGCCGUCCCCAUCGACUCUAGGGACGCCACCGUCAUCACCAACGAACUCAACAACAUCGGUGUUGGAGACUACUUUUACAAAUACGAGACCAGCGACGGUAAGACUGCUUCUGAAGAAGGUCACCUAAAGAAUGCUGGCACUGAAGACGAAGUCCUUGAAGUUCGUGGCCAGUACUCUUACCCAGGUAAUGAUGGAGUCGUUUACACCAUCACGUACGUCGCUAACGAGGACGGAUACAAGGCUGAGGGUGCUCACAUCCCCAGAUCAUAA